AUGUCGCGCGCUUGGGACUUUCACGAUUUCAAUGACCCUGAUGACGAUCCCGUUACUCGGCUUCGUCACCUUGGCGGCGAUUACGGUCCCUAUGAUCCCGCCUUUGGAGGGCUCGGCGAUUUCGUUAACAGUUUCGACUCUGAAGAUGAUUCGGAGUAUGAUUCUGAUGAUAGUUUCUUAUAUACCCCAUCAGCGAUCGAGGAAUUCUUUGCGGAACAAGAUAUAAUCUACCCUCGGAAUCCAAAGGAUGUAGUCAAGCGGACCCCGGCAGGUCCUAUGCUUUCUCUGUAUGACUCUCGCUACUUCAUACCGCAGUGGGACGAACAAAUGCUGGGCCCGUCGUGGAAGGAAGAACGGGCCAAAUGGGAUUUUAAUAAUCCACCCAAACCUCUACCACUAACAGACCCCAUGAUGCAAGGCGCAUUCAAGUAUUGUGAACAAUGUCAGUUGACCUGGCUCGUCGGGCAUGACAAACUGGAGGGCCAUCAUCAUCCACAGCAUCUUUCCUGGAACAUGGGGGAAGAUGCAUCCGACGGGGUUAGGUACGGUUUGGCUAUGGAAGCAUCUCUCGUUAUUUUUGUUCACGGUGCCAGCAUUCCGGUAGGCAAGCCGUCCAAGAGUCCGGUAGGAAACUUCGCCGGAUUUGGGGUCUUCUUUGGCGAGGGUUCCAAGUACAACCAAGCGCAGCCCUGCGGGGACGUAUCAUCUCCCCGGAACGUGGACACGGAGAGCGCAGAGCUCACCGCUGUCAACAUGGCUCUUACAAUGCUAAAUAUCUCUAUCCUCGGAGAUCGCGAAGAGAUGUUAACGACGUUUGCGGAGGAGAAACGUGAAGCUAAGGCUAAGGCAAAGAAAGAGGCGCUUGAUACGAAAGGUGUACCCAAAGCCCUAAAGUCUGACGGUGCUGAUGACGUUGGAGCAGAAGAGAUAAUUGACGAUGAUGGCGACGAUGACUGGGAGGACGAGAGCUCCGAAGAUGAGGAUGAUCUUGAUAAGUUACCUUUCCGAGUCAUUAUCGUCUCGGACAAGAUCCAAAUCGUCGAUAACGUUUGCAAGCACUAUAAGGGAUGGACGGAGAAAAACGGAACGCUCUACUCGAAGAAUGGCAAACCUAUCAAAAACGGCGACCAGUAUAAGGAUAUGACGUUUUCCAGGUUGGAGGACGACCUCGACGUGCUCACGAAAUGGUAUUACGUUCCCAAAGAUCAGAAUAAGGGGGCCGCGAAAUUGGCGGCAGAUGCUCUCCAAGGGAAGUUUACGGGGUUAUGGUAUGAAAAUCGAUAA